GUCAUCAAAAUAUAAACAAACUGUCAGGUGGAGGCCGGUAUCCAACAGGUGGUCCUCUCGAAGCAACGUUAAAAAUAAUUCUAUAAAAGGUCCGAAACCCAUUGUACAUCAUUAGAAAAGAUGGCCAAAGGAGAUAUUUCUAGAACUCUGAGUAAAAUAAGGCUCAGAAUGAUGUUGCUGUGUCUCUUGGGCGUUGCACUGUCUGUCUAUGCUCUCUACGUCGAGUUCCUGAAGGAAGCCGAUGAAAAUUACGAAGCCAUGUGCGACGUCAACUCUUACAUCUCCUGCUCCAAAGUUUUCACGUCCAAAUAUGGCCGAGGCUUUGGCAUUGUGGGUGAGUACCUUGGGAAGGACCACAUCUUGAACCAGCCAAACAGCAUCCCUGGCAUCAUGUUCUACAUACUGAUCCUUGCCCUUGGAGAGAUUAGGUCCGCAACAGCAGCAAAGAUCCAGCGUGGCUUGGUCUUCACCUCCAAUUUUAUGAGCCUCUACCUGGCUUACCUCCUCUACUUCAUCCUGCAUGACUUUUGCAUUGUUUGUGUCAGCACAUACAUUGUCAACUUCUUGCUAACUCUCUGUGCCUUCCAUCGAGUAUCUACACUUGGGAAACUGCCCAAGAGGAAAAUUAAAUAGACAUAUGAUGGGCAGUAGCUUUGGUGAAGAUAAUUGCAUCUUACACAUUUGAACAUUUUCUGGUGGAACUUACAUGCUUCAUAGCCUCUUACUUUUUGUUAUGAAUUUUCUUUUGCUUUUUGAUUACCACAGAGCAUAUAAAAAAUAUAUAUCUUGAUGUAUAUUAUGUUUUUGUAAAGAAAAUUUGAUCAAAUUAAUAAUUAUAUCUUUUGGCUAGAGAAGUGAGAACAAGUGUGCUCCUUCAAGCAAUAAAUAGGAGUAGACGAGAGAAAGAUUUUCUUUGAAAUGCUGAUAAAGUCUAUAUUUGAAGAAAAUGAUAAUGCUUUUAUCAGAAAUUAUAAUGAAAUAUAUAGUAGUUUGUCUUAUUUUGUCUUUUGGUAACUGGAAGCCAUUAUGUCAUCAGACUGACAAUUGACAAUUUCAUGUGCAAAUCAGAUGAGAAGACAGUCCUUUGGUUUUGUUUGUUAUUUUCUGUUUCAUAAUAGAUUGGAUGAUAUAAGACGUGAUAACAAUCUUGGAGUAAUGCUGUACUUUGCUCCCUUUUUUUUCAAUUGUAUGAGAAGACAUAUAAUACUCAAGCAAGUUAUCCCCCAAAUAAUUUUAUUGGUUAUGUACGAUAUUUGUUUGUUGAAAUGUUUGUUGAAAAGCUCUCUAAUGCAGGUGUUAAAAAAAGGAUAGUUUGUCAAGAAUGUAGUAAAAACACAUUUUCAGAAAUAAAAGAUUUUCUAUCUUUCCACGA